GGCAUAGUAUGGCAUAAGAGGGUGUAUUAGUGUUUGGAUGGCUUGCAUGGACUGCAGUGAAGGUGACAUACAGUGAGUGAAUGAGUGAAUUGACAACACAUUGUGAUUGAGUGACCACUUAUUCAGUGAUUGUCCCAAACAGUGAUCAUUGCGUUCAUUGGACACCACUAUUGGCACCACAUUUUCACGGAUCCCGUAGUCUUCACAUUGAUGUCUACUUAAUAUCCAUUGGAAAGAGUGUCGCCGACAGAAGUGAUCACUCGAAUGGAUCCCGAAUUAAUACGAGUGAAAGUGGCCUUCAAUGGACAAAUUAUGGUCAUUUACAUCAAAGAUGAUAUAUAUCUGAAUGACUUGUGUAACGAAAUACGUGACAUUUGCCGCUUCGGUUCCCAACACAGCUUCACCAUGAAAUGGGUCGAUGAAGAAGGUAUCCAUCACUUGAUCCCAUUAUCACCGCUUUCCACUCAAAUCACCCAACAUUUUAAACCCAAAUCUUGUGAUCCGUGUGUCAUCUCAUCGCAAGCAGAGCUCGAAGAAGCCAUUCGUUUAUAUGAAGUUAAUAAAGAUUCCGAGAUUACAAUUCAUGUAUUCGCAAGUGUGCCACAAGUGCCCGGACUUCCCUGUCCUGGAGAAGAUAAGAGUAUAUACAGAAGAGGAGCGCGAAGAUGGAGAAAACAUUAUAGGCUUAACGGACAUAUAUUUCAGGCCAAAAGAUUCAAUCGAAGAGCGUUUUGCGCGUAUUGUUCCGAUCGUAUCUGGGGUUUAGGGCGACAGGGAUUUAAAUGUAUGAACUGUAAGCUAAUGGUGCACAAGAAAUGCCAUAAACUAUUCAAACACCACUGCACGGGUCAGGCGGACCAUCAGUCAUCCGAGAGCACGCCGUCCACUCCCGGUAACCCUUCUCGCGAUGCCAACGGAGACGUGACUAUAAUUAGCAAUAGUGUCGUCCGUUCGGGAACUCCCGCACGAAAGAGACAUAACUUUAAUUCGGGAAACAGUAUAAGCGCUGCCUUACAAGAGAACGACAACAGCGAAGUGCGUUCGGGUCAAGACGUGGACGCGAAUGAUAUAUUAAGCGGCAGUGAAUCGCAUCAGUAUUCGCUCAAAGACUUUGAAUUACUGCGAGUUAUCGGUCGCGGCUCUUAUGCCAAGGUUUUGAUGGUUGAGCUCAAGAAAACCAAAAGAAUUUACGCCAUGAAAGUGAUUAAAAAAGAAUUAGUGACCGACGAUGAAGACAUCGAUUGGGUUCAGACCGAGAAACAUGUUUUCGAAACGGCAUCUAAUUAUCCAUUCCUUGUGGGCCUUCACUCGUGUUUCCAAACUGCCAGUCGAUUAUUUUUUGUGAUUGAGUUCGUUCGCGGAGGAGAUCUUAUGUUUCAUAUGCAGAGACAGCGGCGGUUACCCGAAGAACACGCCCGCUUCUACUCCGCUGAGAUCUCUUUGGCGCUCAAUUUCCUCCACGAAAGAGGCAUCAUUUAUAGGGACUUAAAGCUCGAUAACGUACUGCUUGACCACGAGGGACACGUUAAACUCACCGACUAUGGCAUGUGUAAAGAAGGAAUCCGUAACGGAGAUACGACCAGUACUUUCUGUGGAACUCCUAAUUAUAUCGCACCCGAAAUCUUAAGGGGAGAGGACUAUGGUUUUGAGCCGGACUGGUGGGCAUUGGGUGUUCUACUAUACGAGAUGCUUGCGGGUCGUUCACCAUUCGAUAUCGUGGGCGCAUCCGAUAAUCCGGAUCAAAAUACUGAAGAUUACUUAUUCCAAGUGAUUCUCGAGAAGACAAUACGUAUUCCGCGUUCUAUUUCAGUGAAGGCUCAGUCCGUUCUCAAAGGCUUUCUCAACAAAACUCCAACCGAACGGCUCGGAUGUCAUCCGGAAACAGGUUUUUCGGACAUCACUAAUCAUCCCUUUUUCAAGACUAUUGAUUGGGAAUCGUUGGAGGGAAAACAAGUGCCGCCUCCUUAUAAGCCCAAACUGGAGACCGAUCGAGAUUUAGAACAUUUUGACCCACAAUUUACAAAUGAGCCAGUACAGCUCACGCCUGAUGACCCGUAA